AUGGAAACUCUAGUGGUAGACGAUAUUCGUCAAGCUCGGCUCUCUCGUUUCUUCAACGGCGUGAUUUAUGGCCAAAAGCCGGUCACCACUGCCACCAAUGGUCGCUUGUUCAUCGAAGCAAUCUGCUCGCAGCCUGACCCCGCAGCUUGUGUUUCCAAGAUCUUGACAAGCACUUCUGGACUGGGUGCGCUUCAAACUUCAGUUCGUUUCGACACUUCCGUUUCGUUUUUAAACAAUCACGGAUCGAAGUUGCUUCUGUAUCUCCAAGAAGAGUCCCUGAGAACGAUCGACUCGGGUUCUGCCCUCGCCAAAAUCUUGCUUCCAGUGGUUGAGCCGCCAUAUUUCUGGGAUGCAUACACAAAGGCUUUCCGGGAGGGCUCGCUUGAUAGUGUUGCAUUCUCUUCGUAUGCAUGGCUCCUUCUCCAGUUGAUUUCACUCCCGGGAAAUUGGGCUUUCGUCCCUGCUCAGCUAGUGAGAAAUCCAGACAUAUUAGAGAAAAUCUUGGUCAGCUCUGACAAUGCUACUCGUCACAUUGGAUACAAAAUCCAGCAUUCAUUGCAGUUGAAUCCGGAUCAAAACUCGCCGGAUGCCGAUGAUCGACCAGGUGGCAGGCAUGACAAUGAUCAUGCCGACUACAGACAGGUAUCUAUUAUGCCUACGAGAGAUGAGUUGUCAUCUCGAGACCGGCCUUACUUUCGUACUACAGACUUUCUCGACGAUCCUGAGAAUCUCUUAUCCCGCAGCAUUUUUCACAUCGACAAUCAAUUCAGACUUCUGCGAGAAGAUAUGCUCGGCGAAAUACGAGAAGAACUAGCAACCAUACAAGAUCGAAAGUCCGGCAAUCAUAAGGGCACGAUCAUCAACAAUCUGACAAUGUGUGGUGUCCAGGUGGAUACCGAACGUCAGCCUUGGGGAGUGCGAUUGCAGUUGGAUGGUACUUUACCACAGCUGAAGCAACUCUCACAGAACAAGAGAGUGGACUAUCUGAAGAACAAUCGAAACAUUCUUCGCCAUGGUAAUCUAUGCAGCCUCAUGAUCGACAACGAACUAGCAGCCUUUGCGACUAUCUCUCGUGACGAGAAUCAGCUAGCCAGUGACCCCUCUUCCAUCGUGGUGCAAUUCGCGGACAAUUCCACGCUUUCCUCUACCUUAUUCAAAGCAAAAACUGCAUCCAACAUCAAGCUAGUGCAACUGGACGCAGCAAUAUUCGCUUUCGAACCUUUCCUUCGACGAUUGCAGGGAAUCAUCGACUUGCCUCUAGAAGAUGAUUUAGUCAACUGGGAAGCUGGUGAUGAGAUCGGGGUUUCAUCAUUCCAACCAUCAAGAAUCCUGCAAGAGUUAGAAAACUCAGCUGGGAAGGAGUUGAAGAAGCUGCUGGGUUCUCGGAAAAGUGUAAUUCUGGACGAGUCGCAAGUAGCUUCUCUAGUCUCGUGCCUCUCUCAGAGAGUCAGCGCAAUACAGGGGCCUCCAGGGACCGGGAAGACCUUUCUUGGAGCCCUGGCUGGCAAGGUACUCUAUGAUUCGACGAACGCUGUCAUUCUGGUUAUGUGCUUCACUAACCAUGCAUUGGAUAGCUUCCUCGAGGACCUUAUGAAAGUUGGCAUCCCAGCUUCCGAUAUAGUACGACUUGGUUCCAAGGGCACACCCCAAACGUUACCGUUGAGAAUUAGAUAUCAACCUGCUGGCAAGCUGAAGCCAGCACAGUGGGCAGAGAUCGAUCGGCUGAAGCUAAAGCUCGCUGGCCAAGGAAAACGACUCAACGACGCAUUUCAACAAUAUCAUCACGCGAACAUCACCAAGAAACAGAUCAUGGAAUUUCUAGAAUUUGCCGCCGAAGACUUGCCAUUCUUUGAGACAUUUACUCUGCCCGACGCAAUUGAGAAAGGCGUCACACAAAUUGGAGCUAAAGGCAAAAAGAUCAGUGAAUUCUACUUGCUUGAUAGGUGGCUGAGAGGUGAGCCGAAUGCUGGUAAUUUUCGAGAUGCACAACCAGAAGACAGCUUGUCAGUAUGGGAGAUGGCUCGCGGCAUGCGAGAUGCGUGCAUGCAGAGGUGGCGGCACGCAAUCCUGGGAGACCUAAUCAAUGCCAUUUGCGAAUGUGGCAAAGCCUUCAACGCUGAUCACAUUGAACUCACUCGCAUACUCGCUGAGCGAGAUGCCAUUGUCAUCAAAACAAAGCGCGUUAUCGGCUGUACAACAAAUGGUGCUGCUUCAUACUUCUCGGCAAUACAGGCAGCAUGUCCAGGCAUCGUCCUUGUUGAGGAAGCAGGCGAGAUCCUCGAAUCGCACAUUUUAACCGCUCUUGGGCCGCAGACCCAACAACUAAUAUUGAUUGGGGACCACAAGCAACUUCGACCAAAAUGUUCUUGGCCACUAAGUGUGGAGCAAGGAGAUGGCUUCGACCUAAAUCGAUCCCUUUUUGAGAGAUUGAUUCUCCGUGGAUUUCCACACGUGACGCUUGAGCAGCAACAUCGAAUGAGGCCAGAAUUUUCGAAAAUGAUUCGACAACUGACCUACCCCAAUCUCAAAGAUGCACCGUCAACUAAGAAUCGUGCAGAUCUCCGCGGUUUCACUGAUAAUUUCAUCUUUUUGAAUCACGCCCAUCCAGAGCUCGAACUUGAGAAGUCCAAAGAGAUGAGAGAUGGGAAUAGCCCAUCCAGAGAGAACGACUUCGAGGCGCAGAUGAUUCUCAAAUGUGUACGAUAUCUGGCACAACAAGGGUACGGGUCGGACAAGCUGGUGGUCUUGACACCGUAUCUCGGGCAAUUAAGAUUGCUUCGUAAUCUACUUGCUGCGGAAAACGAUCCAAUUCUUGACGACCUUGAUAGUUCUGAUCUUAUAAAAGCUGGCUUAGUUGUGGAUACCUCUUCGACAAGCACGAAGCCAUCUCUCAGACUAUCUACCAUUGAUAAUUAUCAAGGCGAAGAAAGUGAUAUUGUUCUAGUGUCUUUGACCAGGAGCAAUAAAUCUGGAGAUGUAGGAUUCAUGUCUGCUCCUGAGCGCUUGAACGUUCUUCUUUCCCGAGCACGGGAUGGGCUUAUAUUGAUUGGUAAUUCCGAGACAUUCAUCAAUGCCAGAAAAGGACAGGAACUAUGGCGCAAAGCUUUCGGCAUGCUUAAAGAGGAAGGGCAUGUCUAUAAUGGAUUCCCUACCAAAUGCGAAAAACAUCCAGAACGAAAAGCUAUGCUCAUAUCACCAGCAGACUUUCAGCUGCGUUGUCCAGAUGGCGGAUGUACAGAACCUUGUGGUGCUUCCCUCUCAUGUGGAAAGCACCAAUGUCCCAGCAGCUGUCAUCAGAUCGCUGACCACUCAAGAAUGAAGUGUCAAGCCCGGGAACAAAAGAUGUGCAGUAAAGGCCAUAAAACAAAUUGGUGCUGCUCUGAAGGCGAACCAAAAAGCUGUCACGCUUGUGAACGAGCACGGAAGGACGCCGAGAGAGAGAUACGAAAGGCAGUCGCAGAACAGGCGAAGCAGGAAGAAGAGGGCCGCAAGCAUCAAGAAGCUGUCAGGAAGUAUGACGAGCAAAUUCAGCAGCUUGCAGACGGUACCAAGCGCCAAAAGCUCGAGGCACAACGCGCAGCAGUCAUCAAACAAAAGGAAAAGGACCUCGCGAAUGCCAAGGAGCGGGCCAGAAAAGCCUCCACUUCGGCUCCUAUCGAAGAAUCAGCAGCUCCCGUCGAUCCAGCGGAUCCGCCAACAAACGGUAUUCCAGGGUCGUGGCCAGCUUCUAAGAACCAAGCAAACCCUUCCGCUGCGCCGAAGUCGAAUACGCAGAGCAGAACUCUUCUUCACAAUGUCAUCAAGGCCGCUACCACCCACAAUGCAUCCCCUUCAAAGACCGAGUGGCAGCGUCAGAAGGACCAGCUCAAUGCUAUCAACCCGGCAAUUGAUGAAAUCAUGGACAUGAUUGGUUUGGAAGAGGUGAAAUCCCAAGUACUGCGUAUCAAAGCCAAGGUCGAUACAAGCAUCCGACAAAGUACCGACCUGAAGAAAGAGCGUUUUGGACUCGUUCUUCUUGGGAAUCCUGGCACAGGGAAAACUACAGUAGCGAGACACUACGCGAAAGCCCUGACGUCCCUGCAAGUUCUUUCAGGAGAUCAUUUCAUAGAAACUACUGGUUCUCGGCUUUCGCACGGAGGAGUUACGGAUGUAAAAAAACAUCUCCAACAGCUUGAAAGUGCUGGUGGGGGCGUAUACUUCAUUGACGAAGCGUACCAGCUCACCGAAAAUCACAACCUUGGUGGAAAGCCAGUUCUCGACUAUCUACUCGCUGAAAUCGAGAAUUUAGUUGGUCAAGUUAUAUUUGUCUUCGCGGGCUACCGAAAGCAGAUGGAGAAAUUCUUCGAACACAAUCCAGGCCUUCCCAGUCGAAUCCCUUACACUCUUCAUUUCGAAGACUACACGGACGCCGAGCUCUUAAAUAUGCUCCAAUCAAAGAUCCUUCGUUUCUAUAAGGAUGGAGGAGGGAUGGCGGUUGAAGACGGCCCAGGCGGCUUGUUUAUGCGGAUCGUCGUGACUAGACUGGGUCGAGGCAGAGGUCGCGAAGGCUUCGGCAAUGCUCGGGCCUUGGAGAAUCUUUUUGCUCAAAUCCGCGAACGACAAUCAGAACGCCUUACAAGAGAGCGUCGAGAUGGGCAUAAUGCCGAUGAUCAGCUCAUCACGAAAGAGGAUCUGAUUGGGCCAGAUCCAUCACAGGCCAUAUUGAAAUGCGAUGCGUGGGGUGAGCUUCAGAAGUUGACCGGACUACAGUCGGUCAAGUCAUCAGUCAGUUUCUUCAUUGACCUCGUUAAGACAAAUUACAACAGGGAGCUGCUGGAGAAGCCUUUGAUCGAAAUAUCCCUGAAUCGUGUCUUUUUGGGCUCACCUGGCACAGGGAAGACAACGGUGGCAAAGCUUUAUGGCCGUAUUCUUGGAGACCUGGGACUGUUGAGCAACGGAGAAGGUAUAUUCGACGUGCUCUGGUUAUACUCAAUGCUGACAUUUGUAGUCGUUGUGAAAAACCCAGCAGACUUCUUGGGUAACCAUAUAGGCCAGUCAGAAGCCAACACGAAGGGCAUACUCGCAACUACUGUGGGAAAGGUCUUGGUCAUUGAUGAAGCAUAUAUGCUUGGGUCUUCAAAGGGUGAAAAGGGUAAUGGUGGUGAUAUCUACAAGACUGCUGUUAUAGAUACGAUCGUGGCGGAGGUCCAAGGUGUACCUGGCGACGAUCGAUGCGUACUUCUGCUUGGCUACGAGGAAGAAAUGAAGGAAAUGUUCCAAAAUGUCAAUCAAGGACUCACUCGGCGCUUCCAACUCUCCGAAUCUUUUCGCUUUGAAGACUUCACUAACCCAGAACUACAAGAGAUAUUGCUCUUCAAACUCAACAAGCAGGGGCUUGGCGCCUCAACGCGCGCUAUCUCUGUUGCCAUUGACGUCCUCGACCGCGCUCGUAAUGGAUUGAACUUUGGUAAUGGUGGCGACGUGGAGAACCUCGUCUCUAAGGCCAAGACUAAUUACCAGCGUCGACAAUCUGCCUUGCCUGCUGAUCAGCGCAGUAUUGAUUACAUCUUUGAACCUGAAGACUUUGAUGUUGACUACCAACGGACAUUGGCCAGUGCAGGGACUAAUUUACAAAGCUUGUUCCAGGACGUUAUUGGUUGCCAGGACAUAGUCUCCAAACUAGAUGGUUAUAUUAAAGCUGCAAAUGGUAUGCGAGCCCAAGAUCUUGACCCACGGGGUCAGAUUCCCAUGAACUUCAUCUUCAAGGGCCCUCCAGGUACUGGAAAGACGUCCACUGCUCGCAAAUUUGGUCAAGUAUUCUAUGAUCUUGGUUUCCUGUCGCAACCCGAAGUCGUAGAAUGCUCUGCAUCGGACCUCAUUGGACAAUAUGUCGGCCACACAGGGCCAAAGGUUAUCAAGCAACUAGAGAAGGGUCUCGGGAAAGUUCUAUUCAUCGACGAGGCCUAUAGACUGGGAGAAGGCCAUUUUGCACAAGAGGCAGUCAAUGAGCUUGUGGAUUGUGUGACCAAGCUCAAGUUUGCUGGAAAGAUGGUUAUAAUCCUCGCUGGAUACGACAAAGACAUGAACAAACUGUUGCGAGUCAAUGAAGGCCUCAGCAGUCGCUUUGCUGACGAGUUUAUAUUCCCGGCUCUGAGCCCUGGAAAUUGCCUUCUACUACUAGAGUCAAAGCUCAAGCAGAGUCAGAUCACCAUGCCAUCUCUGGCAUCAACGGCCGCACACGAUGAACUGCUGGAACUUAUUACCAAGCUGUCCCAACUUCCCGCUUGGGGCAGCGCGCGAGAUGUUCAGACGUUGGCGAAAAGCAUGGUAAGGAUCGUUUAUCAGAACACUACUGGCAAAGUAGAUCAACUCAUCAUUCCGCACGAUACGGCUCUAGCAUGCAUCCAAAAUAUGCUCUCCGAUCGCCGAGCUAGGAGUAAGACUGCUUCAAUACCCGCCACAGUACACUCGAGUCAACCACCAUUUAUGCACGCUCCUCCUCCUUCGCAACCCAAGUCAAGCUCCAGUACGACGACAAACUCGACAUCGAAGACUACACCCUCCCCCUCUCAAGAUGAAGAUAAUGGAACGUCAUCAACCUUCUCACCUCCAGUAGACCCUACUCGCGACCCUGGAGUCUCAGAUGCUGACUGGGAGCAACUUCAGCGAGAUCAAAAGAAAACCGAAGUCGAAGCUCAAGCCAUUCAACAACGGCUCCAAGAGCAGGCCGAAGCAUGCAAGCUGGCAGAAGCGGCAGAAAAGAAAGCCGAGGCGGAUGCUAAUGCACUUCAGGAAGAGAAAAUCAAGCAAGAACAUGCCUCACAACUUAUGAGACAACGUGAAGAAGCCAGAAUUCGUGAGAUCGCAGGCAGGGAUGAAGAAGCGCAGAGGCAGCGGGAUGUGAUCACGGCGGCGCUUCGAGAAGCACAAGCUGAGCAAGAGGCACGCUCUUUGGAGCACAUGAGACUACGUGAGGAGGCUAGAAUGCGCGCCCUGAAGGAACGAGAAAAUCGCGAACGCAUUCAGAGAGAUAUAGAGAGACAUAGAGAAGCGGAAAACCAGCGACAGAAGAAGGAACAACAAGCUCAAGUCAAAUUGCGCGACCUAGGAGUCUGUGUUCAAGGCUAUGCUUGGCGGAAGCAGAGUGGAGGCUAUCGAUGUGCGGCGGGGGGCCACUUUACGCGAAAGCUCAAGGUGAAAUACAAAUGUAACGAACUUCGCUACAACAAUCCUACCCAUAUUUCUCCCUCAUCCGACAUCUGUCUGAUUGCAAUUUCGGGCUAG